GGUGAAGUGGUAAUGCAUGACAGUGUGAAGUAUCUGAAUGAUAAUAAUGUGUUGUUAUUUGCUAUUUUAGAUUGAGAACAAGUUUUUAGCCUAUGUAGCUGAUAAUGGUGCUGUUCAUGUUGGCUCACUGGAAAGACUCUGCUGCACUUAAAUGGGCACAUGUUGCAGUAUGGGGAAGACCAGUCUCCUCUGGACAGCCUGGAGCGGGCUGCUGUCUUCUAUGCUUCAGCCAUCAAACUCAACUCCAGAGAGGCCAGACUCCACUUCCUGCUGGGUCUGGCUCUGGAGGAACAGCACUAUGCUACAGAGAUGUACGGCCUCCAGAAGAAGGCUGGCAGGGACAGUGACCAGUUAAGCGAGGCCAAGUCUACAGCACGUCAGGAUGACAUUCUGGCUGUUUGUAAGCUCCAUGGUUUUCCCAAUAUGCCCACUUUGGAGAACCAGCUGCAGGCACUGGACAAAGAGUACCACCAACUGAAGGACCAGGGCCAGUCCAGCAAAGCAGACUAUGUGCAGACCCUCUACAUCUGGCUCUCCAAGAGGGCUGGCAAGGAUGGCAGUGCAGGCAUGCAGGAUAAGGAGAGCUGUGUCCACCAGGCCCUGAUGAAGUACCUGGAUGCCUGGUCUCUGAGCCCAGACAGCUGGGAAUAUAACCUCCAUGUUGGCAGACUCCUGCUGUUGCAGGGAAGGAGCAGGGAAGCCCUGCAGCACCUGCAGACUGGCCUGGCAUUGCGCCCCCUGCAGCCUGCACUCAGAUUCUUCGCUGGGCUGGCUCUGCUGCAGCAGGAGCAGAAAGCCUCUGAGGCUACUGAGAAGGAGGCUGCUCUCUUCUUACAACAAGGACUAGAGCACUUCAUCAACCAGAGCUGCAGCCAAAGCAGAAUGGAGCAGGAUCAAUCAGAGCCUCUAUCCAGCAUCAGCACUCAGUUCCUGCGUGGCCUUCUGACCCUGGGCCAGCUGCAACAAAGGAAUACAUUAUCAGGGAAGGCCAUGAGGGCUGAACAGGUCUAUCACACCGUAGCGGUGCUGGCAGCCCAGGGAGUGAGUCGGUGUGUGGGUCAUGGUGAGGUGAGCACUCAGCUGGAGUGGGUGCUGCUGGACGCUCACUUCACCCUGCUUCAGAGCCUUAUCCGGCAGGGCGAGUGCCAGGGCAAAGCUGCCACAGAGAGGCAAUCCCUGGUGGCAAAGAGAUGCCAGGCCCUCACUGCUCUCAUAAGCCUCACCUCUAUCGCCCCCUGCCAGGAGCUGCUGGACAUGCAGGAGAAGGCCUGUCAGGUACUGGUGGUGGCCACGCCUCGGGACAGCCAUGCCUUGUGUCUCCUGGGUUUGGCCCAGCUGGCUCAAUACGACAACAGCCCCGAGUCAGACAGAUCAAAGGUCGCCAUGGCUGAUGCCUGCCUCAGCUUCCAGGCCAGCAUUGAUCUGGAAGACAAGCCUCAGUGUGGAGAGCCCCCUGACCAGCUGACUAAGCAGCAUUGGUGGCAGGACAGGCUGGAGGCUGAAAGGAAAAAAGCUGCCAAGCACAUGCCCAGCCAGCCGGUGGGAGUGAAGGGGCCUUCCGACACCAACGCAGCCAAGAGAGGAGCUGGGCGGGGCAGGGGGGGUCCUGGUCGAGGCCGGGUGGCAGCAAAUGUUACCAAAGCCCCUGCCCCCACCACCCCCGCACACCCUAGCACCACCAGGGGAGGGAAGGCUGCCCCGCCUCCGGUCAAGCCCCCUGCAGCCAGGGGGAGAGCUGGAGCAGCCUCCAGGCCAGAGGGAGCAGCCAAACCUCCCAACAAGAACAGUAGUAAGAUCCAGCUGCCCCCCAGCAAGUCCACACAUGACUGCUCUCUGGAUAUUAUCAAGACUGCAGAGGAGCCUGCUGUGGCAGACAGUGUUACGGUGUCCGGUCCGGUGAACCGCAGGUCUCAUGUCCCACGGCUGGGCCUGGCCCGCGCCCUGUCCCGCUCUGCGCACACCCAGGACCAAGCACAGCAGCUUUACCAGGAAGUCAUCUCCAUGGCACCAGAGGUGCAUGAGGCCUACAUUGAGCUGGUGAAGCUGCUGGAGCCCUCAGACCCUCGGGCUGCUGUUGAAGUGUACUGCCGCUUCCCUCUGAAACCCGUGGCCGAGCAAAGCUACGACGACGCCUUCAUCACUGCAGAGAUUGUCCGCAUCCUGAUGGAGCUGGAGCUGUAUGAGCACCCGCAGCUGGGCCCCAACCUCGCAGCCUACGGCAAAGUCAUGGGCUUGAGUUGCAUCGACAGUUACAUCGACAUCCUGGCUGAGAAGUCCAUGACCAAGCUUCUGAAGAGCGUCUAUGCCAGGAUCCAUGACCUACCUGAGGAUGAUCCGGAUCUCCAGAACUUCUUCAGGUCCAGAUGCUGGAUAUGAUGAAGCUGUUAACUCUGUUAUGAAUGGCUGCAUUUAUCUUUCUGAACCUGUAAGCAAGUCAUCUGAAGAUUACAUUCUGUAAUCAAAAGGCAUUGUGUGUGUUGAUGUGAGAGGCACAACUUGCAGUCAGGGACAAAUGUCACACUCAAACAGUGGAUGGAAAUGAUCUGCAUGGACAUUAUCUAGUCUGUGUACCAGAUGAAACGGGAAUGUCAGGAAAUGAUCAGGCUAAUUACCUUGUGUAUUCCUUGUUUGAUACAAUUCAGGUGCUUAAGUGUUGCACCAGGUUGUUUUCAAGGGGCAGUUCUCCCAUUUUGAAAAAUGUAAUAUUAUUUCACUCCCCCUAGCUGUCAUGUAGGACAGAAGAUAGCACCACUAUUGUUAUACUUAACAGCUGAGGGGGAAACUCGAAUCUGCUGUUCCAUGAUGUCAGAUGUUGCUGUCGACUUCUCAAGAAUUAUUAUGAUCCUGAUUUAACAAAACUUCUGUGGUGCCAGGUGCCCACAUGAUGACCCCAACAAUACAUCCACUCUCACUCAUCCCUCCUUUCCUUUUAAUAUCUAAGCUAGGUUUCUACAUGCGU